AUGCGUUUUACCGCCCGUUUCCUGAUAAUCGUCUCAAUUGUCUGCAUCGCUUUCGUCUUUUGGCUCUAUCAAUCUGUCGCAAACCGCAAUGCUUCAAUUGUGGAGAUCGACGAUGAGGAAUGGAAUCGAAUCGUAGAAAAGAGAAGGAAAGAAGUGAACGAAUCGAUUGGAUGCCGGCACAUUCUUCAUGCUUUUGGAAAGAAAUUGAAAGUUGAAGUGCUUCUCAUUGAUCCGAAAGUUCUGGAAAUGAUUGGAAAGGAACGGUGUCGGGAGUUGAAGGCGUACAAAGAGAGGAUGAAAGUGAGAAAGAACUUUUAUAGCAUUAUGGGAUCGAAUACAGUUUCAGGUGGCCACUAACUCGAGAAAGGACUUCAGCUCAAUCAAUGAUCGAUACUUUGACCCUGCUUACUUUGAAAGUGAUGAAACGAAAGACUACUUGGAGUUUAAGUUCGAAUCAGAACCGAAACGAAUCAUUCCAAAGUUAGUCCAAGAGAAUCCAAAUCCAAGCAUCACAAUUGUUUACAGACAAUUCGAAACGGAAAAGUUCGGUAACCUGGCGGUUCCCCGGAAGCCGUUUCGAUUCCGUCAAUUCUGGGAGAGAUCAAGAGUCGUCGAGUGUUUGAAUAUGUCUAUGAACAGAAAUGAGACCGAACCGGUGAGGAAGGAAAAUUGAACACUUUCGUGUUUCUUGAAGUUUUCAAAAGAAUCGCUUAGUGGACACUGCACUUUGUAGAUGCAAAAUAACAAAAAUAGGCCAUUUUUGCAGAGAAAACUAAAUCCAAAGUACGCAACGUUCGAGUUGUCAAGACUGCGCGAUGUUCUGGUGGAGUACGACAUGUUUCCGUUCAUCAGCGAGGGAACACUUCUCGGUGAUUCCAUUUUGAAUUCCACGUCUAACCGCUUUCAGGCUGGUACCGAGAAUGCACCCUGAUCCCGCACACAAAUGACAUUGACAUCAACAUUAUGACGACGGAGUACAAUCCAAAGUUCAUGGAGGAUAUUGCCGACGGAAAACUCGGUUUCAAACUGAACAGACGGUUGGGAAAGGUGAGAAUUGAAUGAUUGAAACUGGGGUUUGGAAGAAAUGAUCAGUUGGAAGAUUCGCUGGAACUGACAGUCUCGCCGAAAAGCGGCUACAAAGUUUUCACGGAUAUAUUCUGGAUGUAUCGGCAACCGACCAGCAACGGAACCGACUACAAUUGGAUCGGAAGUCUUUGUGGUAGGAAAUCUACAGUACCUUCACUUCUAAGUGCUCUAAAUUUCAGGCGACGGCGAGAAAGUCCGCUUCAACUUCCCGCUCUUCGCGCCUUUCUGCUCGGCAGAUCUGCACGGACACCUCGUCUGGACGACUUGCGAUCCCCGGAAGAUAGUGGAGCACGAGUACGGAGAGAAGUGGAACGAGGACUUGCCGUCGGAUCAGUACGUCUGGCACAAGUCGGUCAAAAACGUGGAAAGAGUCGGAUGGUAUUCAAUGUGGCAGAUGAGGAAGAUACGGUUUCAGGAUGGCUACGAGUAG